AUGCUAAUCCGUCAACCGGUCUGCCAAGCCAGACCGAGGCGGCGGCGGAGUCAUGGCCGUGGGGCUGCCUGCGCCUGCGAUCCGCCUCCGGGACUGAGACCCGCGCCGCCUCCCGAGCUGCCACCUGGACACCCGCCCCGCCUCACCUCGCGCACCCCGGCGGCUGCCAGGCCUCCUGCCGCCUCUAAGAUGUGUCCCGGCAACUGGCUCUGGGCUUCGGUGACAUUCAUGGCCCGCUUCUCCCGGAGCGGCUCGAGGUCUCCCGUCCGCGUGAGAGGCGCCCUGGAGGAGCCGCCCGCCGUCCAGCACCCCUUCCUCAACGUCUUCGAGUUGGAGAGGCUGCUCUACACGGGCAAGACCGCCUGUAACCACGCCGACGAGGUCUGGCCGGGCCUCUACCUCGGAGACCAGGAAAUAGCCAACAACCACCGUGAGCUGCGUCGCCUGGGCAUCACGCACGUCCUCAAUGCCUCUCACAGCCGGUGGCGAGGGACGCCCGAAGCCUACGAGGGGCUGGGCAUCCGCUACCUGGGUGUCGAGGCCCACGACUCGCCGGCCUUCGACAUGAGCGUCCACUUCCAGGCGGCCGCCGACUUCAUCCACCGGGCGCUGAGCCAGCCAGGAGGGAGGAUCCUGGUGCACUGCGCCGUGGGCGUGAGCCGCUCGGCCACCCUGGUGCUGGCCUACCUCAUGCUGUACCACCGCCUCACCCUCGUGGAGGCCAUCAAGAAAGUCAAGGACCACCGAGGCAUCAUCCCCAACCGGGGCUUCUUGAGGCAGCUCCUGGCCUUGGACCGCAGGCUGCGGCAGGGGCUGGGGGCAUGA